AUGUCUGCUCAGCGCCCCCUCCAUUACGACGCAUCACAGCCAUUGUAUGGCAUAUCAUUCUCCAACUCUACGUCCCACCCAUUCCGCACAGCGCUCUCUACAAUCACGACCGGCCUCAGCAACAAGCUGUGCAUCGUCGACCUCACUUCCUCUCCGAACACCUCUCAAUCCCAGUCACCCUACUACUCACAGCACAAUGGUACUUCCAAUAAUGGCGCUACACCAGAGUUCAAUCAGAUGACUCAAACUUCGCUGAAUGUACCGGCUACCAAAGUUGCCUGGGAGCCCAGGGAGAGUCUGAGGCUGGACGAAGGCGGUCGCGGGGAGCUGGUAGCCAGCAGCGGUGAUGUGUUGCAUAUAUGGGAAGUUGCGGAGGAGCAGGAAAGGGGAGGAGGGGGCUAUGUGGGAAAUGCCUAUGGAGGUGGAAGCUCGUGGUCGAUGAAGAAUCGGAGUGUCUUGAGCAAUGCCAAAGGAGCCCACGGAAGUUCACCUCCAAUAACAUCUUUCAGCUGGAACCGCAAGUCUCCCAAUAAACUCGUUUCCUGCUCUAUAGACACCACCGCGACACUUUGGGACAUCAACACCUCACAAGCCAUGACGCAGCUCAUCGCGCAUGAUCGGGCUGUGUAUGACUUGUCGUGGUUGCCGGAUUCUUCUGAUAUCUUUGUGAGCGUCGGAGCGGAUGGGAGCUUGAGGGCGUUUGAUUUGAGGCAACUGGAGCAUUCGACCAUUCUGUACGAGUCGGCAAACGAUGCGCCGCUUGCCCGGAUAGCGUUCAGUCAAAAGGAGCAGCAUAUGCUCGCAUGCUUUGGCCUGGACGACUCCAAGGUGCUCAUCCUCGACAUGCGAUCGCCAGGCAAACCUGUCGCAGAGCUUGUCGGGCACCAAGCACCUCUUGGCGCCCUCGCGUGGGGCGCCACAGGACCGUCGAGCAGAAGCGAUACCACAGGAGGCGGCUGGCUGGCCAGUUGUGGUGACGACUCUCAAAUGUUACUAUACGACCUCACAGCCCCCAUAUCCUCCUCCCGCCCAGCCUCCCAAUCAAACUUCAAACCACCCCCUGCCAAUCCCUCUCCAUACUCCGCCCUCUCUCCUUCUGCCACCCCCGCAUCGCAAAGGACACCAAGUCCUGCAGACGCAGUAGAGAUCCUGCCGAGCAAGGGGUGGACAGCAAGAGGGGAGGUGAAUAAUCUGGCUUUCACAAACAGUGGCGAUUGGUUGGGAUGUGUCAGCGGGAAUAGGAUGAGCGUUCUGCCAGUGUAG